AUGUCUGGAGCUUCCCAUCCCACGGUCCCCGACGUCUACGGACCGGGCAGCCAUACCGACACCAAAUUCACCCCUGUUCCUGAGGACACGCAGAGAAUCUUCAACCACCUCGUUUCUCAGACUCCCGGAUUCACCCAGGACCCGGAGCUGCUCGCGAAGGUCAAGUUCGUCGGCGAUGACUAUCCCGUCCUCCCCGGCCCCAUCAAGGCCGUCUCUGUCGCAGCGGCACUGCACGCCAUGAGCGGCGUCCUUGGCGACGAGAUCCUGGCCCUGAGGGGCGCGCCGUCCAAGGAGCGCCAGAUCACCGUGGACACGACGCACACGGCCUUCUGGUUCGCGGCCAUUGCGACGUGCUUCCUCGACGGCGAGGACGUGGUGUCGCUGGUCAAGGGCAAGAAGCUGCGGGGCGUGGUGCCCGACUUCGAGCAGGGCUGGAUCGACACGCCGAUGAAGUACAGGUCGACGGCCAUCUACCCGACCAAGGAGAAGGGCACGUGGUACUCGUUCCACGGCUCGCUGGCGGCCAUCCCGCUGCUCAAGACGCUCGGCAUCGACCCGGCCGCGGACUGCAAGACGCCGGCGGAGGCGUGGCAGCACAUUGCGCAAACGCUGCGCACCAAGACGCCGGCGGAGCUCGAGUUCAACAACCUGUGCCACGGCUUCUGCGGCAGCCUCUGCUUCACGCCCGAGCAGUGGAACAACAGCGAGAUGGGCAAGUCGCUCGCGCGGCACCCGGUGGUCAACGUCCGGCGGCAGACGCAGGCGGCGCCCACGGCCCCGGUCGCCUUCCCGCCGCUCGACCCGGCGGACCGGCGGCCGCUGGCGGGGGUGCGGGUGGUGGAGAUGACGCGCAUCAUCGCGGGCCCGCAGAUCGGGGCGGUGCUCAGCUCGUACGGGGCGGACGUGGUGCGCAUCAACCCGCCGCACCUGAUCGACGUCAACGUGCUGCAGCUGACGCUCAACGCGGGCAAGCGCACCAUCGGGCUCGACCUGCGCAAGGACGAGGACGCGGCGUACCUGCGGGGGCUCCUGGGCGAGGCCGACGUCUUCGUGCAGGGCUUCCGCCAGAGCCGGCUCGAGAAAUGGGGGCUGGGGCUCAACGCCAUGCUCGAGACGGCGGCCCGGCGCAACAAGGGCGUCGUGUACGUGUCGGAGAACUGCUACGGGCCCGACGGCUACUACGCCGAGCGCCCCGGCUGGCAGCAGAUCGCCGACGCCGCGGCGGGCUCGGCCUACGUGACGGGCCGCGCGCUGGGCCUGCCCGACGGCGAGUGCGUCCUGCCGAGCCUGCCCGUCUCCGACAUGACGACCGGCAUCAUCGGCGCCGUCGGCGCCAUGCAGGCGCUGCGCGACCGCGCCGUCAAGGGCGGCAGCUACUACGUCCACGCUGCCCUCACCGCCGUCAACACCUUCGCCCUGACGCCCGAGGUCGGCCUGUAUCGGCCGGAGACGGUGAAGCAGUGUGCGGCGCGCUUCCAGUGGGGCCCCAUGCACGCGUCCGACCACGUCUUUGACCUGCUGUUCACCGUGUGGGACGGCUGGACCCGCGUCUUCGCCGACCGGCUGCGCGAGGACAACGAGGACUUGUUCAAGCGGUUCGACGCGUCUGCGUUUGCGGGCCGUCGUCUCGCGUUGCUCAAGCCCGUGGUCAGAUUUGAGAAUGACGAGGCGUCUGCUCCCGAGUGGCGGACCCCUAGCGUGCCGUACUGUCUGGAGGACAAGGCGCAGGUUGCGUUCAGGUAA